UUUAAACUUUUAUUACUGUUUUAAUCCAGAUGAUGCUGUGAGGAUCAUUUCUCGGACCAUCAAAGAUCUUUAUAGAGGUUCAUUUUCGAGUUGGGGCAAGAUGCCAGCUGAUCUCAGGAGACAAAAUUUUUUUGGAGUUUAGGAAAAAGUGUGCUUGGUGUCCGGAACAUGAGACUCAAAUUUGUGCGAACUUUCACAAGAAAGCUGGGCGUCUACUUGCCAGUUUGUUUCUGAAAGCUCGUAAAAAAGAUAAGAAGCCUCAAUGGAUUCUAUCUCAGGAUUGGGAAAAGUUAGUUGAACAUUGGGAGACGGAUGCAAGGUUCAAGCAGAUGAGCGAGAUCGGCAAGAAGGCCAGAUCAUCUACUAAGGGUGGUUCUCUACACACAAGCGGGGCACAAAGUCAAGGAAAUGUGAGGAGAAAACUGGAAAAGGAACUAGGGCGGUCUGUAACUCAGGCUGAAGCAUUCAAGGCUACACACACAAGGAAGAAGAAAAAUCCUGGAGAUCCAGACGUUUGGGUUGAGCCACGAGCUCAACUGACCUAUAAUCAAUAUCUUCAAGCCUUGGAGGAUUUCUGCCAGACUCUACCAGAAGAUAACCAAGGCAUGUCACUUAUCCAAGAGCAGGCUGAGAGAAAUUGGCUAGACUUGGUUGGUGGUCCGAGUAGAUAUGGAUAUGCUUAUGGCAUGCCGCAACAGGACUUUCGUGAAUUAUCAUUCUGAGCUAGAAGGCCUAUGUAGUUCCCAUGAUGAUGAAUUGAGGAAGACUAAUCUGGAUUUGAAGUAGACGAUAGCUGAGCUAUCUAGUCAAGUUGAAGCCUCGCAAGUUAGGGAAAGGAGGAGGGACAUAGAUUUUGCGGGUCUUAAGGCUCAAUUUGAUGCAUUACUUGCUUCGGGAGGGAUUCCCCCUUGUCCCAGUGAUGUCCCUGACCCUCUCAAUCUCAACCUCCAGCAUAUGGUCAACAAAGAGAUUUGAUCGAGGAGUCUAGUAGUGAGGAAGAUGACGAGGAAGAUGUGCAAAACUCACUGCCGCAUUAUUGAAGAUUAGAGUUGUAUUAGAUGUAGUCUAAAGUUGUUACUUUAAGGUUGUUUUA